AUGGCGGCCGAACUGUCCACUUUAGCAAGUUCGUUUCUAGAGACGAAACCUGAGAGUUAUACAGCCUUUUUUCUUGAAUGCGUAGAAUCAAAACAGUACCUUAAUUUAGAGGUAAGUAUAAAUAACAGCUUUAUUUAAAAUCCUCAGUUCAAAUACUUCUUGGUAUGUUUGUUUUCAUUAGGUGGGUACACCACGUGCAAUCCUCACCCGGGUAAAAUAUAAUUUUUUCUAUCCUUUACUUCAGAAAAUUCCGGAUGGCUGGAUAGGAAAAGUCAAUAGUCUUCUUAAUUCAAAGACUGACUGGUAAAUGUAGAUAUUUUUAUUGCAAGGUGAUAUGCUGUAAACAGAGCGAUGUAGGCUGUUAAGGGGAUAUCUGCUUUAACUUAGGUGGUUUUUACUCAUUCCCCCCCCCCCCCCCCCCCCCCCCACCUCCUCACCCCUUUGAAAAUGAGAACGACUAACAGCUCCCCCGUCCUUGCUGGAUGAAAAUAAAGACAAAGACAGACAUGAGACAUGAUAAAACAAGCAAAUUUAAUGAUCCUUCCCCAUUCGUUAUGUAAAAGGUAAUUUACGCAAGUACUAGCCUUCCCAUCAUCAAAUUUCAUAAAUAGUGGGCCAGAUAUCAGGGGGGUUAAAAUGACAAAUGACUGGAACAUUUCUCUAAAUAUAGACCUUACCAAGGAUUUAUGGAAAAGUCUUAGUGCCUUUCCUUUUCCACAGAACCAUGCCAUAAAUGUUGCUUCAUGCAUGUAAGUCUUAAGAACCGGACAUACACUCUUACAAUUAACCCAAAAAGUUUUCAACCUCAGUGUGCAAAAAGAAUGAAUGAUCUGGUAUUGAUUAAUUUUACAGUUGGUUAGGUGUUUGUCUACUUGGAAUAACAGUUGAACAAUGUGAUACAGAAGCCUUCAGGACAAAUUGUUCAUCAUGGCUAAGAGGUCUUCUCCAGAUAAUUCAGGUAGCUUUUCAGGUUGUUUUCUUUGUCCUGUCUUUUGUUUUUGUAUUUUGUUUAUGUUUUUUUUUUUUUUUUUUUUUUUUUUUUUUUUUUUCGGCUUUUUUUUUCCUAUGGUUGUUCUGUUGGCUUGGGUUCUCCAUUCAUAAAUUUUUUCAAAAUAUUAUCCAGAAUUUUUGAUAUAGUUUUUCAAUGCUUAUAGACUUCAAAAAAAUCAAGUGUCCUUCAGUAUUGCAGCAAGAUCCUUGAUAACAUUUUAAAACAUGCAGCAGAGGUAAGAGGAUGCUUUUAAACAGUAUUUUUUUUAGCAAGACUACCAAAGACUAUCACAUUGUACACUUAUUAAAAAAGAUUGCAAUUUGCUUCAAGUAUACUCACCACUUAUUAUAACAAAAGUUUUAUUGUUCAGUUUUCAGAAUUAUCAAGAGAGUUGUCUAACUCAGUCCUUCCAUCCAUCAUUUCAACCUUGUUGGCCAACAAAUGUUCAGUAAGUGCAACAUUAAAAGUAAUGAACUUAUGGAAAGAACAAUAUGUACAGGAGCAAACAUUGCUUUGUUUUCAUCCAUGAUCAUGUCUGUAAUUAUUUGUAGGACGAGAGCUCAGUGUUGUUGAUGCUAUCUUCAUGUAUUCGCUAUUUCCCAGGACCUUCAGGACCCUCCAGGGUAAGUAAUUUUAAUCAGGCUCUCAUAAGUGCUGUAGCAUGAUUGACAAAGCAGUUAAAGACAAGUUAUGACUCAGUAAGGGGCCCACUUUUGACAAUGACCAGUGCCAGAAAACUCAUGCACUCAUCCUUACAAUACUGUAAUGCCUUCCAUAGCCAGUUCACACGCAAUACAAUAGUUAGAUUAUAUCGUGCGUAACUAAUUCACUUCUAUAUAUAGUAAGUCUUAUUAUCACAACAUAGUUUUUAUAGUUUUUUUUUUUCGGCCAAGUCUGCUGAAAGUAUUGUCAAGGGUUGUAACUCUAGGUUUAGCUCAAGGUCACUCACAUCUUUAUGUCAGCUACACCUUUAUUAUAAUUUUAUCUCUUUAUUUUCAGAAUCAAAUUGAAAAAUUUCUUUUACCACCUUUAAAUUCAUUCUGCAAUGAAACAAUGAAGGUAUGUUGUUGUGGUCAAUUGAACAUUUUGAACAGCAGGCAGGAUUUUGGUUGAUUUCAUUCAGGCAACUUGCGCUGCAUACUUAACAAACUUGGUCUUAAUUUAUGCUGUAAUGAAGUAAAAAAAUGGACAAAAUUACCAACAAGAAAAGAUCUUAAGACUUAUCGGUAGACUUUAUGUCUACCACACAGAAGCCUGAGAUGAACAUCCAAGUGGAGAACUGGCAGCAACAGGAAUUGUUCUUCCUGACAUCAACAUAUGUUGUAAUUCCAAAAUAUUAAAGAUUUUUAGAGUCAAUAAUAACACCUAGAUGAACAGUAAGCAACAGUUGUAAAGAAGACUUCUUUUUUGUUUGAGGGCAAGUUAAGAGAAUCAAAAACAUUACUGUGUAUCUUUUUUUGUCACAGGCUGCAUGCAGUUGUUAUGCCUUGUUACCAAGAUGUAGUCGUAGUGGGUCAGGUGACAAGCAACAGCUGUGUCCUUGGAAUAUACAAUGGAACAAAGUGCUUUGUACAAUUCAUAAACUCCUUGAUAGCGCCUAUGAAAAUGUUGAGCCAGGUAUGUUGUUCAGGAUAAUUCUUUUCUUCAUUUUUAUUUAUUGGAACGGUAAAUUGUGAAGUUCAUUUACUAAUUUCACAUCAUUUACUCCAGUUGCCAACAAACCCUCCCAAGACUCAGAAAAUGAAUCCCUUCCACUUGGUGAUGUUCCAGCCACAGAACCAGACCGAACGCACACUCUCAUCACAAGGUUGAAUUCAUUGCUUCAUCUCCUCUCAGGAAUGAUAAGGUAACUUGUUUCCUAGGGACACAUGUAUGGACAGAACUUCACAAGGAUUUUACUGAUGGUUUCUUUUCCCUUUUAAUUUUAAUCAUAUCUGUUGCUUUUGUCAAUUUUUUCAAGGAAUGUUAAAUAUAUAAUUUUCAUAAAGUGAUGAAAAUAUUUCCUCUAUCAUUUUAAGGGAAGAACAUCUAAAAGUUGUGGCAGUUCCUAUUGAUUCUACAAUGAACCUUUUAGUGAGAAUAAUGAAUGUGACCUGCAACUCACUGGUAAGAGUGAAAAUUAUGUAUUGAUUAAACUGCACGAAACAGUGAUAUCAUAGGAGAAUGGUUAUUUACCUAAUGAAAGAUAUAUUUUUCUAGAAAAUAACUUUUGGACCAAUCAGUGUUCAAGGAACUUUUUUUUGUAUUAACAUUGGACAUGCAUAUUUUUAAGCUUGAUUUAAAUGUUUAUUUUGCAGAAAAGUGCUGUUGUUGUGGAAUCAGUGUUGUUGAGAGCAAGUUUACCAUUAAUUCAUACAAAUGCUGUAGAUUUGUUAACCACACUUAUCACAAGGUAAAUUAUUUAAUGUUUUCUUUUUAACCAAUAUGUUAAAUAUUAUGUUUCAUAUGUUUGUGACAAUACUAAGCGUACUUGGUCUUGGUUCUUCAGCUGUUAUACUAUUUUUAUGAAUCUCAGUUACUGGGCUACUAGGUAAAGUAUUUUAGUCUUAAAAGGCAAGGUACCUUGAUAGUAUCUCAGACAUGAGCAACUUACUUAAAACAUUUUCAAGUUAUGCCUUUGAGGCAACUUUGAUUAAAAAAAAAGAAGAAGAAGAAGAAGAAGGAAACUUUGAGAUGGUGUUUAAAGUAAUAGGGCCAGACUUUGACCAAACCUUUUCACUCUUGGAACUAAUCAGGAAGUAAUUUCUAAUAUGUAUACAUUGUCUGGGAAAAGGAAAUAAGAAGAAAGGAAAAAAAAUUGGAAUGGGAUAAUUGUUUGAUUUCACACCAAACUGCUUAAAAAUUUAAAUAUAUAGCUGCAGAUAAAAAGGAGAAUUUAUUUUGAGAGCUUGGAAAUGAAAGGGUUAUACAUGGCCUGAGCUGCAUACUAGAAUCCUGUUCAACAAUAUUUUCUUUCCAAUGGCACAACAGGUGUAGAAAUGUGAUGCUUCCAUAUUGUGACUUGUUGAUAAAGCUUCUGGUGCAAGAGCUUACAUGGACUAAAACUCAAGACCCUGCUUAUGGCUUCAACAAACCAUACAGGUUAGAAAAAUAAUUGUGAAAUCUUCAUCCUGAACUUGGAAAAAUUGCCUUUAAUUUCCUAUUUUAGUAUUAUUUUGUGAAGGUUUUUUCAUGUCAUUUGUCAUCAGCUACUUAAAAUAAGUAUCCUCCAGCAGUAGAAGGAAUGUGAAUAUCUUGCAAUAUGAAUGGGACUUAGAGAGUAGAGCUUAAGGAGUUUGCCAAUGUAUUCUGAAUGAUCUCUGAAGGAUCUCUUGGCUGAGACAAAAUCCUUCAUCAGGAUAACCAAAAACUACUUCUCCUACAAGAUAGUUACCUCUUUUUUCAGGAAAUUGAGGUGUUCUGUGUAUCACUGCAUGGAGCACUGGGUUCAACUGACAAGUAGCCUACCUGAGGAGGGUGGUGUGGUGACCAAAUUGAUGUCACUCAUACUUGAUGACAUUAGGCCAUUAACUUCUCAAACAAAGGUAAAAUUAUGAAACACUUGACAAGGCUUACAAAUGGCAUUGCAAUAAACUUACACAAGUAUGGAGCAAUUGUGCUGUUAAGAUACAAUAACCAUUUACAACUUGAAAAAUUCAUGGUUGGGUUUGAGAGAAGUCAGCCUGUCUUCUUAAAAUAUUUAUCAGCAGUUGAUUCUCAAGUCAAUCAUUUUUGGGUGACAUGGCCUGUCAUAUGGAUUCAUAAUCAACUGACUAAUAGUACUUGCAAUCUACCCGUAUAUAAAACAGUAGAUUCCCUGGGCUGUUAUUCAGUUUUACAGCAGUCAUUACAUUUGGGAUAUCACCUUUAAGGGUGUAAAUAUGUGGCCAAGUGAUACAUGACUCACCAUGAUUCACCUCUUCACCCAUAAUAGCAAGUGAGCUUAGAUGUAACUGGUGUUACAGGUUACAGCCCUAAUGGACAGCCCUGGGUUGAAAGAAAACAUCCAAACUAAAAAAUGAGUCACUCGAAAAUUAAGGAAUUAGAACAUUAAUGAAAACUUUAACAAGAUUCUCAAAAAUGAUUGGUUACCACCAGCCCUAUUUGAGCACUGAUAGGACGAUGUAUGCGUCAUGCUUGUAAUUGGAAAGUGUAAUAGGAAAGUUGACAUGACAUGCCUGUGUAAGUUGACAGCAUGCAUCAAGUGUAUGUGCUGUUGUAGCAUAUUUUGCAAAGUUAACUGUUGUUUUUCUUAAUGAAAAUGUAUAACCUAUAUCUAGUUCUUUCUCAAAUGUUGUCAUUGUUUUUGAUUAACUGGUAAGAGGACUUUGUUUCAACCAAUUCUGUUUGUAACCAUAUUCUUGCAUCACUUUUGUCAGAUUUUUAUCACUGGUAUGAUUGCAGACAGAAUUAGACUCCACUCAGUCCUAUUACCAGUAUUUAUUGUUCUUCCUGAGUGAGAUUGUGCCUUACACGUUCCUUCAAUUCUUUUCCUCUUUUGAUCUGUAGUUGAUACCAAAUCCUAGCUGUGGAAAUAAACAGCAGUCAAGAAAGGUACUGUUACUAGUACAAAGACAGAAUAGGAAAUGAAAAUUUAAAAGUUCUUCAUGAUAAUCUUUUUUGUACUGGUGUGCAUUUUUUUUUUGGUAGGGGAAGAAGAGGAAAAUGCAAGAGGAUGUUGAGCAGUUACUUACAGGUCUUUGUUAUAAAGUGCUACUGACAAUUAGAUUUUUUGUGUGUGGUUUUCCUUCAUGUUCUAAUUGCUGACUGUGGGAAUGUUAUUAAAAAUUAAGUGUCACCAUUUCCAGCGAGGCCUGAAAAUAUUUUUACAGAAAACAGAGUCAAACUAAAUAACAACUUCAUGACUUCCUCUUCUUGUACCUUUUGGGAUUACUAAUUUUGAUUACUUUUUUUCCUGCAGCAGCGAAAAACUCUCUAUUUUUCUAUGGUUCUAUGGUGUAUAAUUAAGCUAAAAGAUGGUAUUCUCCCAUUUAGCUGUUGUACUUUAUACUAAAAAAAAAAACAAGCAAAAGCAAUUCUGAUACGAAAAGGGUUCAACAGGAACUCAUGCAACAAUUGCUGAUAGAAAUUUUUUAUUCAUUUUAAAGCUGUCUGAGGAAUUUAUGCAUGAUAAUUUAAGUCUUUCAGUUUCUUCAAAUAAGAAGAACAGGUUGAAUCUCUUUUCCAUAAUUAAGCAGCAUUAAAAAACAUUUUCUGCUUUAUUUCAACAUGUUUACUAUUGCAAAAUGUUAACUGCUUUCAUUCAUGGGUUCACAGGUCAACAAAAGAUUGAUGAAAAUGCAAAUGAGAGUGUUACAUGCAGAGCACUCAAAGGUGAAAUAAAAUUUAAUUAGUUCAUCUUAUCUCAAUAACAAAAUUUUUAACUCUUCAACUCCCAAGGUUUUAUUGUUAAUUCUCUCAGCUAUCUGCUACACAUUUCCUAUUAAAUUAGUUACGAGAAUUUAGUGUUACAUCAAGAUUACAUUGUCUACCCAAUAAGUUGGAAUAUUCUCAUUACCUUUAUGCUGGAUAAAGUAUGGAUAUUUUAGUGAGAAGUUACAUUUUAAUCACUUCUGGUUGUUAAAAGGUUAACUGUGGUUUGACUAAACUGUGUUUUACAUCAACACACUGUGGGGAACCAAUCAUCAAUAAACUACUCUAAUUUAUGGCCCUGAAGUUUAACAUUGAUUUUAUCAUCUUCAGCCUUAUGUGCAGUAUUGAUUGCAGUUGGAAGUGACAUUCCUCACGGUGCAUUAAGGGUCAGUAACAGUAAAUAUGUUGCUUUUUGCUUCUAGAGAUGAACAAAUGAUUCAAUGUUCUUAUCCUCAUUUCAAUUUUUCUUUAGGAAGUGCAAGUUGUCAUUGUCAAACUGAUCAUUCAAUGUCAGCAGUCUUCAUUCAAUGGUUUCCCCAUACCUUACACAAGUGCAUAUUGUCGACAGGCAUUGUAUCAUGCUCUACUUAAUUGUCUGCUCACUAACUCUCCUUGUGUUCCACCACCUGUGCAUCAUGCUGCAAGAUUGUUUAGUUUAGGACUGCAGGAUAGUGAUUUUAAGGUUGGUCAGUUUUGAUUCAGUAAACAUUUAUUUUAAUACAGCUGGAAAUAGGAAUUUGAGGCUUGUGAAUUAUCUCUCACAGGUUGAAAGCAAUAGUAAUUAAAUCUUAGAGAUCUAAUUGUUGAUUCUCCCCUUAGUAAAGGGCUAACACUCAAAAUGGUAGCUUUGAAACUCUUAACAGAGGCCAAUUUAUGUUAUAAACUCAGUUGAUAAUACUAUAUUACCUUGUUAUACUCUCCCACCAAUGUAGCACCACAGUUUCUUUAGAAACUUACCCCCUUUAUAAGUGCUCAGCUGUUUUGAGUAGCCUGUCAGCACAUACAAGACAAGCACUUGUGUUCAUAUUGGUUAUUCACCAGUGGCUCUUAGAUUGAUUUCACUCUGGACAAUGACAUCACAGAAAAAAACAGGCUAUAUCUUCCAAUAUUUCAUAAAAUAAUUAGCAGUAACACUCUUUCCUAGGUAUCAAGUUUCUGCCAAGAGGCCUUAGCUGUAGUUAAUACCAUCAUUCACCCACGCAUAUUCCCACAAGUGUGUUCUGCACCAGGGCCUUUACAGCUUAACACCUCUGAGGAGCAUGCAAAUACAACGGAAAUGGCCUCUUCAGUUACAUUUGAGCAUGUUAUGAAUACAAACUGGCAAAGUCUGAGCGGGGAAUCUGAAAGCAAUAAUGGAAAUCAUGCUGAUUAUUUACAGACAAACCAAAUCCCUAUGGAGCAAGGGGAAUUUGGAGCUAGAGAAGGAGGAAGUAUGGACAACAGUUUUGUUAUAGAUGUCGGGAAUCAAACAGUACAAGAGUCUGUACAGAAUGAAACAUCUUUUAAUCAAUCUGAUAAGUCUUUUACUAGUACGAGUGAUAGGGAAAGCCAAGGUUACAGUGGAAUAGAUAAAUCACUUGCUGAUGCAGGAAACACGGCCAGCCAGAUCUCAACCCAACCUCAGAACAAUGAGUCAAGUCAAACUGUCUUAUCAGAAACAUUGCCUGAUGAAGACUUUGGACCUUCUCCACAGUAUGCUAGAAUAUUUGAGCCCAAGAGAAGGAAAACUGAUACUGAUAAUUGCAGUUCAAAGGAGAAAAUUUUAAUUAACAACAACAGUACAUUGCUCACAGCAAAUAAAGAUCAACUCACAGAAAGUGUUGCAAAUAGUGAUAAUACCUCCUUAAAUGAGGUAAGCUAGUAAUCAACACAAUAGUAAUAACAAUAAUAAUAAUAAUAAUAAUAAUAUUAAUAAUAAUAAUAACAAUAAUAAUAAUAAUAAUUAAGCAGGCUGCAUUCCACAAGGUGGCUCUUCCUGUCCACUGUUUCCGAGGCAAAUUGGAAGUUGGGAUGUAGGUUUUUGCAGAGGGAGGAAACCCCAAGGACCUGGGGAAAAACCCACAUAACAAGGAGAGGAACCAACAACAAACUCAAUCCACAUGUGACCUCAGGUGUGGGAAUCAAACUCAAGCCACAGCAGUGGGAGGGGAGUGUUCUUACCUUUGCACCAUGCCACUUUUUUUGCAUUUACUAAACCAUUCAUCUGUUCAUUUCAAAUGAGUUUUUUCUGAAUUAAUCAAUUUUCAGGAGAAUGAAAAUGAUGAAACUGCCCAGAUGUUAGCUGCAUUUGUAGACUCGUACCCAGACUCUGAUGAGCAAGAAUUUUCAUGAGUGUUGCAUCCAUGUGCCUCCCUAGAAGACCCAGUUAGGCUAACUGUACCUCUACACAAGAAUCACAUGUGCAGAAACAGCAGAAUACAUUAGAAACUCCAAUGAAAUUUAGUAAAGGAAGCUGACUUCAGUUUACUACACCAACAGAAUACAUGCUCAAGCUGUGUAAUGGAGCUAAAUUAAAACCUUGAUGACAUUUAGUCAUUAAUUUGUAUAAAGGGAACUCAAAAAAGUAAACUUUUGCCGGAAAUGUAACAGCUUCCUCCUUCACUUCCCAAAAGAAAGGAUUUCCAGCUCACCCAGUUGUAGAUCAUAAGAAUAAUAGCUCGUAAUAUUUUUGAC